AUGCAUCUCCCAGUUUUGACCUCCUUGCUCCUGGGUGGCAGUACGACUGCUGGCACCAAUUUGAGCAAGCCAUGGUCUACAUGGAUGGCUUCGUCUUUCUUGUCGAAGAGCCAGAACAUUGACAACCACUACGUCGCCGCAGUCAUCCACGAAGGCAUCCAGAAGGCUGCAACCACACAGAACGACCGCGCCCUCCUGAAAUAUGCCUCUAACGCCGUGUCUUCCAUCGUCGCAGCCGACGGUACCCUCAAGGGCUGGAACUCGACAUUCUAUACUCUGGACGACAUCCGUAUUGGAAACAACAUGCUCUACUUCUGGAACUCUGAAGGCCGCAAAGACAACAAAUACGUCAUCGCGGCCAAGGGCCUUCGUGAGCAGCUCAACCGAUGGCCUCGUACUCCCGAAGGAGGAUUCUGGCAUCGUGCUCCUGUCUACGCAAACCAGAUGUGGCUAGACGGUAUCUACAUGGCCGAUACCUUUUAUGCGACCUACACAUCCUACUUUGAGCCUCAAAACAUCACCGCGUGGAACGACAUUGAGCUGCAAUUCGACCUUAUCGAGAAGCACUGCCGCAACUCAACCACCAACCUUCUCUACCACGGCUACAGCGAAGACAAGUCAACUGUCUGGGCAGACCCCGAGACAGGUGCUUCCCCUUACGUAUGGGACCGCGCUCUGGGAUGGUACUUUGUCGCGCUUGUCGAAGUCUUGGAGGUCUGGCCCAAGACCCACGCUGGCUACUCUAAGCUCCUCAACUACUACAAGACGCUCGCCUCUGGCAUCAAGAACGUCCAAGACACCAAGGGUGGAUGGUACCUCCUCAUGGACCCGGAGCUUGCUGGAAGAGAAGGCAACUACAUCGAGUCGAGUGCAACUGCCAUGUUCACUUACUCAUACCUGAAGGGAAUCAGGCUGGGACUCUUGGGCAAGGAGUACAAGCAGCCGGCUACCAAGGCAUGGAAUCUGUUGCUGAGUGAUUUCAUCCAGUUCGAGAAGAAUGGCACAUUGAGCUUCACGGGUACCGUGACAGUUGGAAGCUUGAAGGGCGAUGCCUCGUAUGAAUACUACACUGGUGUCGAGAAGCUGGUCAAUGAUGGCAAGGCUACAAAAAAAAUGUCCCUCGCACCCUCUGCCACAUCCAACGCCCCGAGCGCCAGCUCCAGCGCAGCAGCCUGCAGACAAGCAGACUUCACCCAGUUCCCAACGGGCGACGCCGCCUGCGCCGUCGGCAGCAUCAGCGGCGUACCCUCCAACACCACCGACGUCCUCUCCAAAUGCUGCAAAUCCGCACCCGUCGAGGAAUUCAACGGCGCCUGCGGAUACUACUGUCUGAGCGUCGAGCAGACGAUUCGCGAGCUGCAGACGUGCUUCAUGGAGAAUGGAGCUAGGCCAGGCGAUAUCAUGUGCAAUUCGAAUAAUAGUGCUACUGCGACGGGGACGCCAAGUAAGACUGCUGGUGCCAGUCGCACAUCUGGGAGUGGGGCGAGUGCGACGGGGGAUUCGAAGGGGGCGGCGCCGGCGGUUGCAGUCAGUAAGGUUGGGCUGGGAAUGCUGGGCAUGGUGAUUGUUUCGGCGAUCAGUGGUGCGCUUUUGUGA